AUGAGAAUUAUCCAUCAGACGUACGCUUUACAUAUUUUUGCACAAAAUGCACCAGUACAUGAAUACAAUAUUGAUCGCUCAGAACAAAUUCAAUCACUACAAUACAUACUGAAAGCUUUAGAUCAAUUCCCUCCUCAUGUUAGAAAACAGGAUAUCGAAAAAGUGUUAUCUAAAGGAAGAUCCAAAACUGGAGGACUUGACACUGAAAUUGUAAUCAAAGAAAAUGCACGAGUUAUGCUCACGACGAAUGUCGAUAUCAGUGAUCGAUUAAUCAAUGGCCAGUUAGGCACAGUAAUCAGAGUUACUGUUGACAAUACUAGCAAUAAACCCUCUACUAUUUUUGUUAAAUUUGAUGACUGUAAUGCUGGAGCUUCCGCUAUUCGAAAAUCAUCCAGUUCUUUUGCAAGAGAUAAUCAUGCUGUCCCUGUUCAACCUGUCUUAGUGAGAAUUAAAGUCAGGCCUGGAAAACCAUCAUCUCCAGAGAUACAAAGAUUGCAGUUUCCUUUAACUCUCGCAUGGGCUUGCACGUACUGUGCAUAAAGUACAAGGAUUAACUCUCGAUAACAUUGUCGUCAGUUUUGAUUUAAAAAGACGAAAGUGUUUUAAUUUUGGUCAAGUGUAUGUAGCACUAAGUCGAGCAACAUCUUUAAAAGGCUUGCACAUUUUGGGAACUCUUGAAAGUAAACACAUCCGAGCCAAUCCCAAAGUCCAGGAAGAAUAUGAAAGAUUGCGUGAAAUUUCCAGCUUCCACAAAGCAACAGAUAUAUGUCACAACGAAUCUCUAUCUAUUUGUAUCUUAAAUAUAAGAUCACUUCAGAAACACAGUCGUGACUUAAGUAGUGAUCCAAUCUUGUCAAAAUGUGAUGUACUCACCCUUACUGAGACACAGCUUUUGUGCAACAUACCAAAUGAUGAAAUGAGCUUAAUUCUUAAGGAUUUCUCUUUGCAUAGACAAGACCAUGCUUUUGAUAAGUUCUUAAGUUUGGCCAUUUGCUACAAAGAAACUAUUACACUGUGUGAAACAGAAUAUUUUAGUUCAAUAAAUGGUUUAAAAUUUUCAAUUAACCUCUCACGUGAGAAUAUUUUAUCGUGUCUAUUACUUUAUCGUAAGCACGGAGUUAACAUUCAGCAGUUCAUAUCUUGCCUAGACUACAUAAUCAGAAGCUGUAAUUUCGACCUUAUAUUUGGAGAUUUUAAUAUUGAUUACUUCAAUGAAAAGACUAUUUCUUCAUUGAAAGAGCUCACCGAAUCUUUAAAUUACGUGCAACUUGUAAAUAAACCAACAUUUGUUUCAUCUGGAAGUCUCCUCGACCACGUUUAUGUAAAACAGUCAAUGAGCAGCAAAAUAGAAGCAAACAUUGUAAGUGUAUAUUAUUCUGAUCACGAGGCCUUUAAGGUAACUAUAAACUUUUAGUACGUACUUUACAUAAUGUCAAUUUGCUUUUAAUAUGCACACGAAAUGAACCGGUACAGUAUAUUAACAACCAACUUCAUAACAUUUCAACCAUGCACAGUCGCAUAUAGAAUCAGUAUAGCUGUGCUAUUAAAAUGGAUAAAUUAGUUGAUGCAUAAAAAUUGUUGGAAUCUCUCAAAUACGAAGCCAGUCAACAAGGAGACUGGCAUGGCCAUGGGGAUUCUGGUACAUGGAUUCCCAAGAAGUGACUUGAGGAGUCUCCUACAAUUUCAUGCAAAGAAGGUAUGUGCAGCAAUUUUUGAAUAUACUUACUAGAAAUAAAAUCUUCACUAAUUAGACAGUUAAGUAGCUACACUCAAUUUUGUAUAACCCAGAAUGUCUUAUAAUUACAUUUUUUAGAAUGAAAAGGUCAAGGUUGAGACAGUUCAAAAAAUUCUCACCGUUACAAGUAAGCUGUACAGGUAUGUCUAAAUAUUGCUUUCAUCAGUUUCUUGUUUAAUAGUGUUCGUAUAUUUCGGUUGCGUCGAAUGCAAUUCAAACAAUAGAUAAUGAAACUUAAUGAGGUUUAUCAUCUCAUUAUCUAUUGUCUUAAUUGUAUUCGAGGCGACCAAAAUUGACGUAUAGAGCGUUUGCACUCAUUCACCAGGGACCAACUGAACAAAGCCAUAGCGGCCAUGUUGGUGUUCCAGGUUUCUAAUUAAAAUUCUUUUGAAUUGGAACACAACAUGGCGGCUGUGACGUCAUGUGCAAACGCUCUAUAAAACGGGUCUUAGACAAGGUCAAGAUUAUUUUUCAUUUGUUGUUAGGUUAUUUUUUAUUUUUCACACAAACAUUUUAUAACAAACUUCUUUCUUUUGCAGCCGGAAAAGUUCAACACAGAAAAGAAAUAAUUGCCAUAACGUAAACAAUGUUGAUACAAUAUCUCUGAUACCUGGAAUACAACGCUGUUGCAACCGUCCGGAAUGGAACUGUGACUGUGUUUAUUGCAUCACUACUGUUUUGUUUACACUGUUCAUGUGUUUCCACUGGACAUCACUACUCACAUAUACACAUUGUAGCUACUGAUACUGCUUAAUACUGCAACUGGAACGAAAUUCAUGGGUGUCCUGAUGUGCUAGCUGCUAUGAUGAUCGGCAUAUCUAUUGGCUUACAAGAACUUUCCACAUUUGGGUUGUUUAGAUGCAAGAUUUGUUUAAAAAGUUACAAGAACUUGUCGCAAUAUAUAAAUGCAGCUCAAAUCCAAACUAUGUGCAUUUGUAGUGAUUGUUUGAAAACAUUUGGUUCAAACUACACAUACCGAAUCACUGUUUUUAUAAAAAAAUCUAUCGUACUUUAUGGAAUUUCGACGUGUAUCUCUUCUUGCGUAUGUUGCAAGCUGAACUGUCUCUUCAUAUUUCGUUUCAUCUCAUUGUAUCCUCAGUAAAAUCUUAUUCGAAACUGUGUUUAAGAGCUCAUAAUUAUCUGUAUUGCUGUAGAAAAAUAGAAAUAUAUUGACGUAAAACGUAUCCAUACCAAAUACACGGAGCGAGAAAACUAUACUUUGACCACAACGUACACUCGAUUCGUACAGACGUGUGUUUUUGAGCUCCUCUCAAUUAUGUGUUCUACAACAGUUAGCAACGUAUUGUACGGCUAUUUUGGCCUUAAUAAAAGUAAAUUGAAAUGGUCAGGAACUUUGGAAGACCUUAAAGCAUUUGUCCUCACGGAAAUUAGUGAAGAAAUAGCCGAAAAUACAUCAUGGCGUUCACCGAGCGGCGGGACAUGGCAGUUUGAUUCUAAGAUGCUAUCAGUUACAUGGCAUAGUAAAAGUGAAAAUAUUUACUUCAAAGGUGAAAAGGGCGGCGAUCUCACCACACGAGUAUAUUCCUACGUAAAUCUGGGGCUCGGGGAGAGUCAUGUCAAACGGUGGUGAGUGGAAGUCCUACAGAAACCGAGCUAGCAAAGUCCAUCGAAAGUCUGUUAGCUAGCAAGAAUGAACAUAUGAAUGAUAUUAAUAAAACUAAAGAUAUGCCAACUAGUGUUGUUGUCAAUUUUGUUGUUUUUGCAGUCGUAAUUUUGGAUUUUUUACAUAAUUUUUGGACGUCGACUAUUUUUUUCAAAGAUGUGCAGUCUGUACAAGUUAUCCUUGUUCGCUAAAGACAAUAAACCUAGAUAAAUAUCGGCAAAGACGAUAUUUGAAGCCAGUUGAGACGAGCUGACAGCCUCGGACGGGUAAAAUAUAAUAUUUCACAGUUAGUGAGUUCUCGAGAACCUGAAAUACUGUAAAUAUUUCGUGAAAAAUUGGGAUAUCAUUAUAUUUAAAUACGAUGGAUAAUGCUUUCAAGUUUUUGUUGCAGAAAAGUCGUGGACUUUAUAAUAUAGUUUCAUUUAUUUUUAUUAAAUAUGGCUGAUAUGUUAUAUAAAUGGUUACAAAUAUUUCGCAUGCUAUAGUAUAUUAAAGCUAGCUCUUUGUAUCUUGAUAUUUGUAUCUAGCAGUAUGAAACCAUACAUGUAUCAGUAUUUUGUGUAUAUUUACUAACUUUAUACAUGGAGCUUUUGUGGGGAAUACAAUGUGCAUGAUGUCAUUUGUAGGAAGAACACAGUUCAACUAAUGUGGAACACAGAUGGCAUUGUAGUUACUGUCUUCUCUGAUAGUGUUUUGAUAAAAUUGCAAUGAGGGGCUUGACACUUUAUUUUUAUCAAAGCUAGGGCAUGCCCAGUGCCCACUCAUUGCCACACUUAAUCCCUCCCUUUCAAUUUCAAGUGAGAAAAUAAAAAAAAAUCAAUUUUCAAUAUUUUCUACAGGCCUACUAGGUCAUUGUGAUGAAUCGAAAUAUUUGAGGAAAACUAUAUAACAAUUUUACCAAUGACCAGUCCCAUAUUUUACUGAUUAGAAUUCCUUUUUCUGAUUUUAUCAACAAUCUUAGCAGAAAAUUGGGGUGCACAGCCCCCUGCCCCACCCACAAGGUACACCCUGAGUUAAGCCAUACUGUACUUCAGACACCCUUGGCUUCAAAUUCAGUAUUGUUUGACAUAAACACGCCGCCGAUUGGUUCGCAGAUGACAUCAACGCUGAUGCUCUUGAACUGGAGAUGAAAUUAAUUCGUUCCUCGAAGAUGAUCAAAGAUAUCCUGGCCAAGGAAACGAAAGAACGAAAGCCGUCUUUGGUUGAUUUAUACCGCGAACUUCUUCAAGAACCCGAAUGCUUCCCCAAGAGUGAUAUUGAAAAACCCGAAGAUACAUCAACUAAAGAAGGUAAUCCUGUGAAGGCUUCAAAUCGACAUCUUGAUUUCAGUAACAGUAUUGUUCAUGAAGCCCAAAGUUCAAAGGAAGAAACGAACACAAACUUGUCAACAAGUGCAAAUUUGCAUAAAGAACCAAUGAAUUUGUAUAGAGUGCCUCAUUCCUAUAUUCCUUUGGGAGACCGGAACAAAAACUAUAAUCCGGAGUUUGAAAUCGGAGCAUUGAAAUUUAAGCUGGAGAGCUUUGCUGAGAACGUCAACAGCAAAUUUCAAGCUCUUACAAAAGAAGUGGCUGACAUUAAAGAAAAUAAAGUUUAUUCGAUUAUAAUUCUCGAGAACACUGUCCAUGAAUUAAAGAAAGGGAAAUAUGACCUAAUCAAAGCUAACAACGACUUAAGAGAGAAGAACGAAGUAUUACAUAAAAAAAUUUCGGAUUUUAAUUCGACAGUACAAAGAUUGGAAGAUGAGAAGCAGA